AUGGCGCAAGCAGGCCCAAUCACCGACGUGACCCAGCGGCUCUUUGUGGAGCUGAAGUCGAAGAACGAGGAGACCCGAGCCCGAGCUGCCUUCGAGCUCUAUGACAACGUCUUAUCAGUCUCACGAGACUGGCCUUCCGAGAAAUUUGUGGAAUUUUACAAUGCUGUGAGCCAAAGGAUCGCCCAGCUGGUGGUAACGGGUAGCGAUGCAAAUGAGAGAAUCGGUGGACUCCUUGCCCUUGACCGACUCAUCGAUUUCGACGGGGUAGAUGCCGCACAAAAGACUACACGGUUUGCAAGUUACCUGCGGAGUGCCCUUCGAAGCAAUGAUAAUAUGGUCUUGGUGUACGCGGCCCGAUCGCUGGGCCGACUGGCGAAACCGGGCGGGGCACUGACCGCAGAGCUGGUGGAAAGUGAGAUUCAGUCCGCGCUGGAGUGGUUGCAAUCAGAACGUCAGGAAAGUCGAAGGUUUGCCGCGGUGCUUGUCAUUGGGGAGCUGGCCAAGGGCUCCCCCACACUCCUGUAUGGCUUUGUGCCGCAGAUCUUCGAACUCGUUUGGGUUGCGCUACGUGACCCCAAAGUCCUCAUCCGAGAAACUGCAGCUGAAGCUGUGGGCGAAUGCUUUGAAAUCAUCGUAGCUCGAGAUGCUCAGGUUCGUCAGUCAUGGUUCGCUCGCAUUUACGAAGAAGCCUUGCUAGGCUUGAAAUCGCACAACGUGGACUGGAUUCAUGGGUCUCUCUUGGUCAUGAAAGCCUUAAUUCUCAAGGGCACCAUGUUCAUGAAUGAGCACUACCGAAAUGCCUGUGAGAUCGUCCUACGGCUCAAAGACCACCGAGACCCUAAGAUCCGCGCCCAAGUCGUCCUUACCAUCCCCAUCCUCGCAUCCUACGCCCCCACCGACUUCAUCGAGGUUUACUUACAUCGAUUUAUGAUCUACCUCCAAGCACAACUCAAGCGAGAAAAGGAACGGAAUUCUGCUUUCAUCGCCAUCGGAAAGAUUGCCAAUGCGGUGGGACCAGCCAUCGCCCAGUAUUUAGAUGGAAUUAUCAUCUACAUUCGAGAGGGACUCGCAAUGAAAGCGCGAAACCGAGCGGGCAUCAAAGAGGCCCCCAUGUUUGAGUGCAUCAGUAUGCUUUCUUUGGCAGUGGGACAAGCACUCAGCAAAUAUAUGGAGGCUCUAUUAGAUCCCAUUUUCGCUUGCGGCCUAAGCAAGUCCUUGACCCAGGCUUUGGUUGAUAUGGCUCAUUACAUUCCCCCGAUCAAACCCAUCAUCCAAGAGAAACUGCUAGACAUGCUUAGCAUCAUCCUUUGCGGCACACCAUUCCGCCCACUGGGCUGCCCAGAGAACCGCCUUCCUCCCAUGCCAUCAUUCGCAAAGGAUUUUGCCCCCCAAGACCUGCAGACUGAUGCUGACAUUGCUUUGGCUCUUCACACCCUUGGUAGCUUUGACUUCUCGGGCCAUAUCUUGAACGAAUUCGUUCGUGAUGUUGCCAUCAACUACGUGGAAAAUGACAACGCUGAGAUUCGAAAGGCCUCCGCCCUCACCUGCUGUCAACUGUUUGUCCAUGAUCCGAUUAUCAAUCAGACCAGUGGCCACUCUAUCCAAGUUGUCAGUGAAGUCAUCGACAAGCUACUGACGGUUGGUGUUGGAGAUUCGGAUGCUGAGAUUCGCCGUACUGUUUUGUGGUCGUUAGAUGCGAAAUUCGAUCGACACUUAGCACGACCAGAAAACAUUCGGUGCUUGUUCCUCGCUGUCAAUGACGAAGUAUUUGAAGUCAAAGAAGCAGCGAUUUGCAUCAUUGGGCGUCUUUCUAGUGUGAAUCCCGCCUAUGUCUUUCCGCCGUUGCGAAAGUUGCUAGUCAACCUCCUGACAGGGCUGGGCUUUGCAAACACCGCCCGCCAGAAGGAAGAGACCGCUCAGCUGAUUAGUCUAUUUGUCUCAAACGCGACUAAACUGAUCAGAUCGUAUGUGGAUCCGAUGGUGACAGCGCUGCUGCCAAAAGCCACUGAUAGCAACCCUGGUGUUGCUGCAGUCACAUUGAAGGCCGUUGGUGAGCUUGCUAAUGUGGGGGGAAGUGAGAUGAGACGCUAUCUACCUCAAAUUAUGCCAAUCAUCUUAGAUUCUCUCCAGGAUCUUUCCUCACACACCAAACGUGAAGCUGCGCUGCGGACGUUGGGACAGCUAGCCAGUAACUCCGGUUAUGUGAUUGAGCCUUACAUGGAGUAUCCCCAUUUACUUGAUGUACUGAUCAACAUCACCAAGACUGAGCAAACUGGGUCCCUCAGAAAGGAGACAAUCAAGCUUAUCGGUGUUCUUGGUGCAUUAGACCCCUACAAGUACCAACAGAUCAGCGAUGUGGAACCCGAUGUUCACCAUAUCAACGAAAUUCAGAGUGUCUCGGACGUUGCCUUGAUCAUGCAAGGUCUGACACCGUCAAACGAGGAGUAUUACCCGACUGUGGUUAUCCAUACUUUGCUGCAAAAUAUACUGCGCGAGAACUCCUUGGUCCAAUAUCACUCAGCCGUUAUUGAUGCCCUUGUCACUAUUUUCAAAACACUGGGCUUGAAAUGCGUGCCGUUCCUUGGGCAGAUCAUCCCCGGCUUCAUUGGAGUCAUCCGGAGCUCCCCUGCGAGCCGUCUCGAGUCUUACUUCAACCAGAUGGCCAUCCUGGUCAAUAUUGUGCGACAGCACAUCCGUGCCUUCCUGCCGGAAAUCAUCGACGUUGUUCGUGAAUUCUGGGACACAUCAUACCAGGUGCAAGGCACCAUCUUGUCUCUAGUUGAGGCCAUUGCCAGAUCUUUAGAGGGAGAAUUCCGAAAGUAUUUGGCUGGUUUGGUUCCACCAAUGCUGGAUACUCUCGAGAAGGACACAUCGCCCCGUCGUCAGCCGUCGGAAAAGAUUCUUCAUGCUUUCCUGAUUUUUGGCUCUAGUGGUGAGGAGUACAUGCAUCUCAUCAUUCCUGCCAUUGUGCGUCUUUUCGACGGAUCGCAACAUCCCCAGAGCAUUCGCAAGUCCGCCAUCGACAGUCUUACGAAGCUGUCCCGCCAAGUCAACGUGUCAGAUUUUGCCUCCCUCAUGGUGCAUUCUUUGUCCCGGGUUGUGGCCGGCACUGACCGCGUUUUGCGGCAAGCUGCCCUGGAUUGUAUCUGUGCUUUGAUAUUCCAACUUGGCCAAGACUUCACUCACUACAUUCACCUUUUGAACAAAGUGCUCAAGCAACACCAAAUAAACCAUGUCAAUUACCAGAUCCUGGUGACAAAGCUCCAGAAAGGAGAUCCACUUCCGCAAGAUCUCAACCCGGAGGAGAACUACGCGUUUCCGGUUGACGAUACAAACUAUGCAGAAAUCGGACAAAAGAAGAUGGUGGUGAACCAGCAGCACUUGAAGAACGCAUGGGAUGCUUCACAAAAGUCUACUCGUGAGGAUUGGCAGGAGUGGAUCCGCCGUUUCAGUGUCGAGCUUCUGAAAGAGUCGCCGUCUCCUGCACUAAGGGCAUGUGCCAGCUUAGCUGGAAUCUAUCAGCCGCUAGCCCGAGACUUGUUUAAUGCUGCCUUCGUGUCAUGCUGGACUGAAUUAUACGACCAGUACCAAGAGGAGCUUGUUCGGUCCAUUGAAAAGGCGUUGACUUCGCCGAACAUCUCCCCCGAGAUUUUGCAGAUUCUGCUCAAUCUGGCGGAGUUCAUGGAGCACGAUGACAAAGCUCUUCCCAUCGACAUUCGCACCCUUGGCAAGUAUGCAGCCAAGUGCCACGCCUUCGCCAAAGCCCUCCAUUACAAGGAAUUAGAAUUUGAGCAAGAUCAGAACUCAGGUGCUGUCGAGGCUCUUAUCACCAUUAACAACCAACUUCAGCAAUCUGAUGCUGCAAUUGGUAUCCUCCGCAAGGCGCAAGCCUACCGUGAUGUGGAGCUGAAAGAAACGUGGUUCGAGAAACUCCAACGAUGGGAUGAAGCUCUCGCGGCUUACAAGAGACGUGAGAAGACAGAUCCAGACUCUUUUGGUAUUACCAUGGGUAAGAUGCGCUGUCUUCAUGCUUUGGGAGAGUGGAAGGUCCUCUCAGAUCUUGCACAGGAAAAAUGGAAUCAAGCGUCACUGGAGCAUCGCAGGGCCAUCGCUCCACUUGCUGCAGCUGCUGCAUGGGGUCGCCGGCAAUGGGAACUGAUGGACUCCUACCUCGGGGUUAUGAAAGAGCAGUCCCCUGAUAGAUCGUUCUUUGGUGCGAUUCUCGCUAUUCACCGCAACCAGUUUGAGGAGGCCAAUAUGUACAUCGAAAAGGCACGCAACGGCCUGGACACUGAGCUUUCUGCCCUCCUCGGAGAGUCUUACAACCGGGCUUACAAUGUUGUUGUCCGCGUCCAAAUGCUUGCUGAACUCGAAGAGAUCAUCACAUACAAGCAGAACAUCGGCGACCCUGAGAAGCAGGAGGCCAUGCGUCAAACUUGGAAUCAGCGGUUGCUCGGCUGUCAGCAGAAUGUGGAGGUGUGGCAGCGCAUGCUUAAGGUUCGCGCACUCGUGACCGCGCCUCGCGAGAAUCUUGAUAUGUCCAUCAAGUUUGCCAACCUUUGCCGCAAGUCGAACCGUAUGGGUCUCGCCGAAAGGUCCCUUGGCGCUUUAGAAACAGUGGUAAAUGAUGCUACCGGAACACACUCUAUUGCACCCCCUGAGGUCACGUACGCCCGACUAAAAUUCAGUUGGGCGAAUGGCCAACAAGUAGAGUCCCUUGAGAUGCUAAAGGAAUUCACUUCUGGCUUGAGUGAUGACCUGUCAAAGUACAACACACUCAUGGUUUCUCACACCGAACACCACGCAAUCAACGGCGUCAAUGGCAUCUCAGAUCCAAACCAUCCUGAUGCAAUUAGCCUACGUGAACGUGUUGGAGAUGUUGCCAAAUUCCGAAAACUCCUGUCUAAGAGUUACCUUCGACAGGGUGAGUGGCAGACUGCUCUUCAAAAGGGUGACUGGAGACCAGAGUAUGUCCGUGAGGUCCUCGGCGCCUACUCAGCAGCCACACAAUACAAUCGUGAUUCAUACAAGGCUUGGCACUCUUGGGCGCUUGCCAACUUUGAAGUGGUCACAGCAAUUUCCAACCAAGCAAACCGUGAUGGCAAACCAGCCCCUGUUCCAGCUCAUAUUGUCACGGAGCAUGUGAUUCCUGCUCUCCGUGGAUUUUUGCGAUCUAUCGCCUUGUCUACCACUUCCUCGCUGCAGGACACUCUGAGAUUGCUUACAUUGUGGUUUACUCAUGGAGGUGACCAUGAAGUCAACACCGUUGUCACUGAAGGAUUUACCACCGUGAACAUCGAUACCUGGCUCUCCGUGACACCUCAACUUAUUGCACGCAUUAAUCAACCCAACAUCAGAGUUCGAGGUUCCGUUCACCGAUUGCUUGCCGAGGUUGGAAAGACACAUCCGCAGGCCCUAGUGUACCCGUUGACGGUGGCCAUGAAGUCGAAUGUGGCCCGCCGCUCCCAGUCUGCUAGCAGCAUCAUGGAAAGCAUGCGGCAGCAUAGCGCCAAGCUAGUUGAACAGGCAGACCUCGUUAGCUCUGAAUUGAUCAGAGUUGCUGUCCUGUGGCACGAGCUCUGGCAUGAAGGUCUAGAGGAAGCGUCGCGUCUUUACUUCGGUGAUCACAAUGUGGAAGGCAUGUUCUCAACUCUCGCGCCUCUCCAUGAUAUGCUGGACAAGGGAGCCGAGACGCUACGUGAGGUUUCUUUCGCACAGGCCUUUGGCCGUGACCUCGCAGAAGCCAAACAUUACUGUGUUCUAUACCGCCAGACAGAUGAGAUCGGAGAUUUGAACCAAGCCUGGGACCUCUACUACACUGUGUUCCGUAAGAUCAGCAGACAGCUUCCACAACUAUCUAUCCUUGACCUCAAAUACGUCUCUCCCCGCCUCAAGGAUUGCUCAGGUCUGGACUUGGCUGUGCCAGGAACAUAUCAGAGUGGCCGUCCGAUUAUUUGCAUUUUCAGCUUCGAUCCAAUUCUGCAUGUUCUUCAGACUAAGAAGAGACCACGACGGAUGACACUCAAGGGCAACAAUGGUUGCUCUUACAUGUACGCACUCAAGGGCCAUGAAGAUAUUCGACAGGAUGAGAGAGUUAUGCAACUCUUUGGCCUGUGUAAUACUCUUCUUGACAACGAUGGCGAGAGCUUCAAGCGACACCUUUCUGUCCAACGUUUCCCUGCUAUUCCUCUAUCACAAAGUUCCGGUCUACUAGGCUGGGUGUGCAACAGUGAUACAUUGCACGCUCUCAUCAAAGAGUACCGGGAAAGCCGUCGUAUUCUGCUCAACAUUGAACACCGAAUUAUGCUUCAGAUGGCGCCUGACUAUGAUAGUCUCACUCUGAUGCAAAAGGUUGAAGUAUUUGGAUAUGCCAUGGACAACACUACUGGCAAGGAUCUGUAUCGGGUUCUGUGGCUCAAGAGUAAGAGCUCAGAAGCCUGGCUUGAGCGACGCACAAACUACACCAGAUCUCUUGGUGUCAUGUCGAUGGUCGGUUACAUUCUUGGCCUUGGUGACCGACAUCCUUCGAACUUGUUGCUGGAUCGCGUCACUGGCCGCGUUGUUCACAUUGAUUUCGGCGAUUGCUUCGAGAUCGCCAUGCACCGCGAGAAAUACCCUGAACGAGUUCCGUUCCGACUCACUCGCAUGUUGACCUUUGCUAUGGAGGUUAGCAACAUUGAGGGAAGUUAUCGUAUCACCUGCGAGGCUGUCAUGCGUGUCCUCCGAGAGAACAAAGACUCAUUAAUGGCGGUUUUGGAAGCAUUCAUUCACGAUCCCCUCAUCAAUUGGCGUCUUGGAGCUCAGGAAUCCCCCGACCGAGUGUCCCUUACGGCUGAACGACGCCAGUCGAUUAUCGAAGGUAUCAACUUCACAGAUGGCGUGCAGCCGAGCAACUUCUCUCGCCACCGCCGACCCUCUAUCCUGGAGGGCGGUAUCCUCGACACCCAAGAAGGUGUCCCCGCCGAGGCUCGGGAGGCCCAGAAUGCCCGAGCUGUCCAGGUACUUGCCCGUGUCAAGGAAAAGUUGACUGGGCGUGACUUCAAGCACUACGAGGAGCUCAACAUUAGUGACCAGGUUGAUAAGCUCUUAGCGCAAGCUACUAAUGUAGAGAACAUCUGUCAGCACUGGAUCGGAUGGUGCAGCUUCUGGUGA